AUGCUGCCGUCAUCGCUGUGGUGCGACUUAUUCCUCCUCACUGGAGUGCUUGCUGACCUUCUCGUGGCUCCUCGAGUUGUCAACAGCGUUAAUUAUGAUGAUUACACCCUACUAUGCGCCGACGGUAUCCCACUGCUUAUGGAGGAUCAUCGGCCUCGACCGUGUCAACCUCGGCCAUGGCUGCGCGAGCAGAAAUGCCCCGCCGGUUUUUGGUGUCACGAAGGUGAAGACGAGUCGAGCUAUUAUUGCUGUCCGGCGAAUAGAAAAUUAGCAAACCGGUGUCAUUUGCCACCAGCCACUGGUCAUGGAAAUAAGGCAAUGAGACGGUUCUACUAUGAUUGGACUGACGACGGCUGCCAUGAACUAAAUUAUACUGGUAUUGGAGGCAAUGAGAAUAGUUUCACGAGCUAUGACCAAUGUGAGAAAGCAUGUCGAGGAAUUGGAGAGCCUUCUGUCAAAUUUCCGAAAGAUGCGAAUCUUCUUAAAAAUAAAAAAGUCAACAAGUCGUCCACAAAAAUUCCUGCGAUAAGACCUAAAGAGGGGACCAGGACAGCACUGGUUUCAAGUACAACAGCAUCAACUCCCAUUGCCGCUGUUACCAUGAAUGCAUUGAAAUUGACUACCACAAUUCCUGCAGCUUUCCCUACCGGUUCUACAACUCCAAGAACGAGUACAGAACCAGUGGAGUUUACCACGAUCACAUCAGAAAUUCCGGAGCCUAUCACAUCGCCACUCACCACUGGUAACGAACUUGAGGAUAUGACAACUCGAUGGAUCGGAACAAAUCCUUGCGAGCUACCCAUGGAUGCGGGCUAUUCAGGAGGGACGGCGCAGAAAAUGUGGUACUUCGACGUAUCCACAAUGACCUGCCAACCGUUCACAUUUCUUGGAUCUGACGGCAAUGCGAAUAGAUAUUCUAGCAAGCAAGAAUGUCAAAAAGUAUGCGGAAGCGGAUUUUCUGGAAAGCCAUCACCAGCUGUUUGCGAUCUGCAGCCGCAAUUUGGAAAUGGUACUUACAAGAUACCUCGAUAUUUUUACGACCAGUUGACGAAACACUGCGAGCUUUUCUUCUACUCCGGUGAGGGAGGAAACGAAAAUCGCUUUUUGAGGAAACAAAAAUGCGAACGAUAUUGUCUAAGAAAGAAUAGAAAAUACAGCACUCAUGCAAUCACAACGACGAUGAGUACCAGACCAGCAACGAGGAUAGUCCAAGAAUUGCAAGCGUCACGAGAAAUGCCAUGUGAAACCUCAACUACAAUCGCUACGACAAUACCUCCGACACAAACUACUACUCAACCAGCAGCUACGAUAACUUUUACGACUGCUUCUUCUACCGUAUCCACUGAAUCUGCAACUGAAGCAACUACUUCGCAUCCAUAUCCGACAUUGAUAACGUUCCCUAAAGAGUUCAUUCCACCAUUCCCGCAGUUCACCUUCGAGCCUAUCGACCUUGUCCCGACGACUACUGCUCCAACUCCUCUUAACUCUGAGGGACCCAUCAAACCAAAUGAGCUGGUCGACUCCCUUUUUGAGCAUUUGAUGGCAUCGACUCCACCUGCACCAGUUUUCACUUCACCUACCCCAUCCGUGGAAUCCACGAAAAAAUCACAAUUCCCAUCUUUGAUCAUUGUACCAAAGGACUGGGAAUACAGCAAAUACAGUGGCAGCAGUGAGAUUCUGGGUGCCGCUACAGUAACGGCCACACCUUUAAAGCAGUACUCGCUUCCAUGGAGGAUUCAAUCACCAUUUGAAAAAGGCAUAAAACCCGCUUUGCCGGUUAUGAGUGUCGUGCAAACCCGAGUAGAAACUCCCAUGCUGCCAGCUUACCCUGUCGUUGCUUCGGGAGCUUCCCUUAGGAUUGGUGGUGACUCCAAUGCUGCGAUUGGCUUACCCGAGGGAAUCACUCGUAACUCCAACGGUAAUGCGAAUAGUCUACCCAAAGAGCUCCAUCUGACUAUGAACAAAGGCGAUCAUGCUGGAGCGAUCAGUUUCUCAAAACCGGUUUACCUGGUUGUCAACAACAACACCAGUGUCGGAGCAACCUUACCCAGAACGGAUUACCUCAAUGUCAACAAUAAGAACACAGAUGGAGGAAUCAUGUUACCAAAUCCAGUUCAGCUCUCUGCUAAUUCUCAAGCUGCUGCCAAAUUGGGACCGGCGCAGAAUGCAGAAUGGGUUGGACAUGGGAUACGAGCAUACCAGCAGAUUUUACAAGAGAAACAACGAACAUUGACCUCUGCUCCUUUAGCUGUUCAAGUUGUCACAAAUUCUGAUUUGAUUACGACCACUCAGACGAGUAUAGCAAACCCUCCAGCAACUGAAAAGAUUGUGGUACCUACGAUGGAGAUUAAACCGGAGGACUUUGCUGUUCACCCAGCACAACCGUCAUCUAUGGAAAGCGCUAACAGUUCCGGAGGAAGUAACAACUCGUUAGUGCCUGCAGUUUCUCCUUGUAUAAUUCCGAUCUUCGGCAAUGCUGUGAUUAUGUGUGAACUCGAUGAAGUUACUUGCCCAGCUGAUACGUUUUGUCAGAUUGGGGAAGGGCAGAGUAUUUGUUGUCCUAAACCUCCCGAGCCAAAGUGCAGUCAAGCUCUUCGCCCCGGAGUUGGUGCAUCAGUGCUAUUCCGAUGGCACUUCAAUGCAGAGACCCAGCUUUGCCUUCCUUUCGCUUUUCGUGGAUUCCAAGGCAACGAAAACAAUUUUGCAACGCUUGCGUCCUGUAAAUUAGCAUGUCUAGCACCAAAACUAUGUGAAGGAGCUGUACCUGUUCCAGUCAAGAAUGGGAAUGAGAGCUGCUCAACUUCAAACUCUUGUCCAAAUGGCUAUAUAUGCAAAGUAAGCGAAGAUGGCAACUUAUCAGCGUGUUGUCCUGAGCCCGUACUCCCGCAGAAAACCAUGACGCCUACGGGACGUUUAGCUCGAAGUUGCCUCAUGACACAAGAUGCUGGCUUUGGAGUUGAAAGUAGUCAUCGCUGGUCGUUCGAUCCGAAAUCGUCUAAAUGUGUUUCUUUUAUCUACAAUGGUCACGGUGGUAAUGAGAAUAAUUUCCUGUCAAGGAGCGACUGUGAAUCUGCUUGCAAAACAGCUGACCCUUGCAAUGAGCCAGUAGUUAGUGGCACAGGAAACAAGUUUAUCUCUAAGUUCUUCUAUUCUAAGGAAUAUGGUCAAUGCCUGCAUUUUGUAUAUUCUGGAGAAGGUGGAAACUCCAAUAACUUCGCAAAUUUGCAAGAAUGCAUGAACACUUGUAUGUCGGAUAAUGCCCAGUUCAACUCUCAUGUAACCAUCAAUGAGCCAAAAUUUGAAUUUGCAUUUGUCCCACGUCCAGUCUGUCCACAUGGAGAUGUCACAACGUCGGGAGGAAAGCCGAUCGCCUGUGACUAUCGGAGGGGAACUGGUUGCCCUACUGGCAACGUCUGCACAUCUAUGGAUUUAGGAGCGUAUUGCUGCCAGGCGCCAGAGACGUUUUGUCUGCAACCACGUCCAGCUCUCUCGGUCUGCUUAUCGCCAAACUCAACUCCAGUACAACGGAUAGAAUUCACCUACGAUCCUCUGGCUGAUCGAUGUGUGAAGUUCAAUUACACAUCCUGCUCACCUUCUCUGAAUUUAAAUCAUUUUUCGUCUAGUUCACAGUGCAAACGACUUUGCUGUAAUCAGGGUUACGACCUCGUCUACAGGAAGCGGUUGCUUCAUAUGAACGACUCGCCGAUGGAAGUUUCUGAAGAUGAGCAAAGGCAUUGA